UUGGACUAACUCUCUAGCCAAAAAAGGAAGAAGAAGUGUUUAAGGUUGCCGCGACUUGCUCUGAACACAGAGAUACAGGAUAAAAUCUGUUAUUUGUGAUUUAUUUUACAUAUUUAAUAUCAUCCGUGUGAAUCAGGAUUGUUCUUUGUGGCUGAAAAGCAGACCAACGUUCAGAAGUCGCACGGGAAUGUUGGCUUUCCUGCGGCUAGCCGCUGUUAGCAUAGGAAGGAGCCGUAUUUUCAGUGUAAAUAAAUAGCCGUGUAGUUUUGUUCUUAAAUUCUGGUUUAGCUUCUGCAUUAAAUGGACGAGCACAAGGAGAAUAUUCAUGCCAAGGACGUGAAUGCGAAGAUGUCUGCUACGAGAGAAGAUGAAAAGGCAAAGUCUUGCAGCAGGAUAUGCUCUGCAGCAGAACCCGAUCCUCAGGUGUCCCCGUCCCAGUCGAACAGUGACUUCAGUCAUCCGGUUUACAAAGAGAUUGCUUUGGCCAAUGGACACAUCAACCGCAUGUCCAAGGACGAGCUCCGACUCAAGUUAGCAGAGCUGAAGCUUGACACAAGAGGAGUGAAGGACGUGAUGAAGAAGAGGUUGAAGAGCCACUAUAAGAAACAGAAGCUGAUGCAGUCUGCAGCAGAGGGAGGACCCACUGACACCUACUACGACUACAUCUGUGUGGUGGACUUUGAAGCGACGUGUGAAGAGGAUAAUCCAUCAGACUUCCUUCACGAAAUCAUAGAGUUCCCAAUGGUUCUCGUCAACACGCACACAUUAGAAAUUGUGGACACCUUUCAGGAAUAUGUAAAACCGGAGUUGAACCCUCAGCUUUCAGACUUCUGUGUGAAGUUGACAGGAAUAACACAGAAAAUGGUUGAAGAAGCAGACCCUUUCCCAGCCGUCCUCCAGAGAGCUGUAGCUUGGCUUCAGGAGAGAGAGCUCGGAACAAAAUACAAAUAUGCCAUCCUGACUGAUGGGGCCUGGGAUAUGAGCAAGUUCCUCAACAUCCAGUGUCGUAUCAGUCGCAUCAGAUAUCCUCAGUUUGCAAAGAAGUGGAUAAACAUAAGGAAAUCGUACGGAAACUUCUACAAGGUCCCUCGCACACAGACGAAGCUGAGCGUGAUGCUAGAGAAGCUGGGUUUGAAGUACGAAGGUCGUCCUCACUCUGGGCUGGACGACUCGCGCAACAUUGCCCGGAUAGCUCUUCGCAUGCUGCAGGAUGGGUGCCAGCUGCGCGUCAAUGAACGCAUGCAUGCUGGCCAGCUGCUCUCAGUUCCCAGCUCAGCUCCUGUGGAAGGGGCUCCACCACCACAUAACCCCCGCAGCAGAGACUAGACCCAGAAACUGAGGAUUGUCUUAACCCUGUGCCCUCAUGAGUUAUAGAAGAUAAGUCCAAAGCACUUGAUGUAAAGUUGUACAUUUUUAUUUUGGAGCUUGGUGAAGGGUAUUUGAGUUUUACCAGUAAAAGGAGAUCAUAUUUUGAUUUAAGAUUCAGAUUAAGAUUAAGAAAGCAAAGAUCAUUCCAGUGUGUUGUGGGAGGAUUUUCCUCAACAGCUUCAGUCUUGUCAGUCUGUUAAACCUGCCUCACCAAGCCAUUAAAAUGUCCUUCACUUCUCCCACGUUAGUGUGGAGUCAGUUUUUAUUACAGCGUUUGUUCCCGGGAAUGCAACUUUGAAGAAAACACUGAAUAAUUGUUAUUUUUGAGCUAUUAAAAUAAUCCAAUAUGUCAUCUGCAGCUUAACAUCAACAGUAUCAUUGUUGUUGUUGUUGGUCUUUAAAGCCUCCGUAUCUGUCUGGCCUCUUGUGCUUCUGUUGUAAACCCAUGAAAUCUACACAAAUGCUGCUACCGCUGUGCUGUUGGAAGUGCUAUGUAAUAACAGAGCCAUAACAUCACACACUGCCACUUUUCCAGAGAGAGCUGAAGGUUUGAAAACAGUCCUGUGGACUUUCAUUGUCUGUACUGUCUCAGAUUCUGAGAUCCUGAGAAGUAUAGUCAUUAUACAAAUACAGUGCAGGUGUUUAUUUGACUCAAUGAUGAACAGCUGGAGACAUUUAAGUCUAUCUGUUGUAAGUACUGUGUGAGUUAAGCCUGUGUUGUAGGAUUGUGUCACACUUUUCUAUGGAAUUCAUUUUUAUUUCAUGGAAUUUGAUCUAUUUUAACAGGAAUAAAUAUUCUUCUGAAUGCUAAAUAACAAAUAAAAUAUGUUUUCUCUUA